UUGGAGCCACCAGGUACGCCUGAAGAUAUGCCAUACUGUGAGAGUCUAAGUAAAGUUAUCAAAAGUGUCCAAACAGAUGUCUUUAAUUCAGGAAAUCAUGAAGCUGAGAUGUGCUAUGUAGGAGAAGCUGAUCUACACAAACAUGUUAAUGGCUGUAAGAAGAAUCCAGGUCACAAAGGUUUUAUACCUCUUAAAGAUUUCAACACAAAAUAACUCCCCUCACGUUUCCAUGACGACGACUUCAUGUCUGAGACAAUCAAAACAUUGGCAGCCUUAACUGUCCAGGUAAAGACUAAAUUCACCAGUCUAGAGAGACCAGAGUUUUACCCAGGCACUCAAGUUCCAUAUCCAUAUUAUAAUGACGGAGGAAGUCACGUGAUGAGGUUAGGGACAGGAAGGGUGUGGAGUGUGUACAAGUACACAGAGAUUGACGGAACUUGUCAUUGUGCCAAUUGUCAAGACUCUGCAACACCCAGCAAGGUGUGGGGACAGGUUCAUGUGUUGACAGCCACACACGUGGUAUUUGAUGACAGUGAGGCGAGACAGACCAGGUGUGUUUUAGGUUUUGUUGACAAUAAAAGUCCAGUGGUCAGUCUUGAUGGCUGGGAGGUGUGGCGUAAGGCAAACAUUGAGGAAGACUGGUGUAGGUUGACAUAUUCCACAUGUGACUUAAAGUUGGUUGAUGAACUGGACAAGAUGUGCCAGCACGUUGAUGAUUUAUGUGGGGAAGUAGAGGACAAAUACAGGAGAUUUCAUGAUGUGGUCAAGUUGAUUGUUAUAGUGUCACAUCCUCAUGGCUGUCCUAAACAGGUCUCUGUAGGACAAUGGACACACAAACAUGAGAGGGAUGAUGACGAUGAUGAUGAUGAAACUUUGACAAGGUACUGGUACACAACAUGUACGUGUCCAGGCUCCAGUGGAGCGUCUGUCUACAGGCUGGGACAUGUCGGGUGGCCGUACCACCAUCCCCACAGUAGAUCAAACUCUGAAGGAAAUUAUUGUGGGGAGAUGUGGGAUUGAUUUAACUGUUAGUUACAGUCCAUUUUCAAGCUAUUGAAUGCAUUUAAUAUUAGUCAAAGUAAUAACAA